CACAAGGCGGAAGCCAUGGCGGAGGCAGCGGCAGCCGCAGCGACCGGCGGGGCGGGCCCCGGCUCGGGCUCGUUCCCGGAGCGGGAGCGGGACCGUGCCGGGCGGAGGCUUCGGGUACUCUCGGGCCAUCUGCGGGGCCGGGCCCCGGCGGCGCUCGUUCCCAGCGAGUGCAGAGGCCGGGUUCCGGCGGCGGCGGCGGCAGCACCGGCAGCGCCUCCGCCUGCGGCUCCCGAGUCCAGCAGCAUCCCCAAGAAGCGGCAAGAACUUAUGAAGUGGAAUGGAUGGGGAUAUAAUGAUUCCAAGUUCAUCUUUAAUAAGAAGGGCCAAGUUGAAUUGACUGGGAAAAGGUAUCCUCUUAGUGGCAUGAUUUUGCCAACGUUGAGAGAAUGGCUACAAAAUGUCCUUGGAGUAAAUGUGGACCACAGAACUACCUCUAAAGCAUCUUUAAAUGCUAGUGAUGUACCUCCUUCUGUUGUAAAAGAAGAUUUUCUUGAUGACCUUAAAGAAACUAGGAUUUCAUAUUCUCAAGAAGCAGAUGAUAGGGUAUUCAGAGCUCAUGGCCAUUGUCUACAUGAGAUAUUUUUGCUCAGGGAAGGAAUGUUUCAACGAAUUCCUGAUAUAGUAUUAUGGCCAACGUGUCAUGAUGAUGUAGUUAAGAUUGUGGAUUUGGCCUGCAAAUAUAAUCUUUGUAUCAUCCCAUUUGGUGGAGGAACAAGUGUUUCAUCUGGAUUGUCAUGUCCUGUAGAUGAGAAAAGAACAAUUGUUUCAUUGGAUACUUCACAAAUGAAGCGAAUCCUGUGGAUUGAUGAAAACAAUCUGACUGCUCAUGUAGAAGCUGGUAUAACAGGACAAGAACUGGAGAGACAGCUUAAAGAAAGUGGUUAUUGCACGGGUCAUGAACCAGAUUCCCUGGAAUUCAGCACCGUGGGAGGAUGGGUAUCAACUCGAGCAUCAGGCAUGAAAAAAAACAUCUAUGGCAAUAUUGAAGACUUGGUGGUUCAUAUAAAAAUGGUAACACCAAAAGGCAUAAUAGAAAAAAGCUGUCAAGUACCUCGCAUGUCAACAGGCCCUGAUAUUCAUCACUUCAUUCUGGGAUCUGAAGGAACUCUUGGUGUGGUUACAGAAGCUACAAUAAAAAUUAGACCAGUCCCUGAAUACCAAAAGUAUGGCUCAGUAGCCUUCCCUAAUUUCGAGCUAGGAGUAGCCUGCUUAAGAGAAAUCGCAAAGCAGAGAUGUGCUCCUGCAUCCAUUCGUCUCAUGGACAAUAUGCAAUUUCAGUUUGGUCUUGCUCUUAAACCUCAGGUUUCCUCUAUUUUUACAUCAUUUUUGGAUGGAUUGAAAAAAUUUUACAUCACAAAGUUUAAAGGAUUUGAUCCCAACCAGCUAAGUGUAGCUACGUUACUCUUUGAGGGGGAUCGAGAGAAGGUUCUUCAACAUGAAAAGCAAGUGUAUGAUAUAGCUGCCAAAUUUGGGUAUGACUUUUAAAAAUUGGCCUUGGCAGCUGGAGAAGACAAUGGACAGAGAGGUUAUUUGCUGACUUAUGUCAUUGCAUAUCUUCGGGACCUGGGCUUGGAAUACUAUGUAAUUGAGAAUCCUUUGAGGACUUCUGCUCCUUGGGAUAGGGUUAUAGAUCUCUGUAGGAAUGUAAAGGAAAGAAUAGCAAGAGAGUGCAAAGAGAAAGGUGUCCAGUUCGCGCCUCUUUCUACGUGCAGGGUGACCCAGACAUAUGAUGCAGGUGCAUGUAUCUACUUCUAUUUUGCCUUUAACUACAGAGGAAUUAGUGAUCCUCUGACUGUCUUUGAACACACUGAGGCAGCUGCUAGAGAAGAAAUCCUUGCCAAUGGAGGCGGCCUGUCACAUCAUCAUGGAGUGGGCAAGUUGCGGAAGCAGUGGCUGAAGGAAACUAUCUCCGAUGUCGGCUUUGGAAUCCUGAAGUCUAUCAAGGAAUAUGUGGACCCCAAUAACAUCUUUGGAAACAAGAACCUUUUAUAAAUUCAUUAUUCUCUUAUAUACUUUAAAAAAAUCACACACAAAUGCUUUUCUAGUCUACAACUAUAUGGUUAUCCCAGUAAUCAAAUAUAUCAUGGACUAUAUUUGGGGUGUAUUUUGUUUUUUGGUUUAAAAAAAUCUUUUAUUCUUGAGUUUUGUUCUGUUUGUACAUCUGUGGAUUGACAGGUGGUAUUCCUAAAUCUCUAGCACUGUAAGGGGUAUCAGUUUACAACCAACUUGGAGAUGCAAGUCAUUCCAAGUUUUAGUUAGGCAGCAAAGACCUUAUGGUUGUAAUUUCUGUGGAAGAUACAACCAGCUGUUUUGUAUUGAAGCUACCCCUGCCUGGAGAACAAAGACUGGUAUUGGUAUCAUUUAGUGAAACUGAUUAUCCAACUUGCUUUUAGAAGGAAGUUUCUGGGAGGCAGAUAACUAGAGGAUUCCACUGAGGGAACAUUUCUAUGUAAAAGGUUUUUCUGUCUUUUUUUCUUUCUUUCUUUCUUUCUUUUUUUUUUUUAGUGGGAGCAGGCCUGAAUGGGUGGGAUUAUGAAGGAGUAAUUAUUCCUGAAUGAAUAAAGAUAGCUUAGCAUUUUAAAGAUGCACUGAAUUUUGUAUAAGGUGUUUUUUUUUUUUUGCCUGCAUUUUCCUUUCUAAUUAUUUUAGAAAUCUAAAAGUUUGAAUUGGUAUACAAAUUAUACUGUUACAGUACCUUUUUUUUCUUUGUGUGUUUCUAUUUAUGCUGAAGUCUGAGUUAUAUUUGUAUCAUUGGGAUAAUCUGUUGUAAUAUCCUGGUUCAUUCAUCAUACGUUUUGUAUAGAAAAAGCUAACUUAUCGCUCAUAUUGUAUGUGAAGAACAGGUUUACCAUAAAAUGAAUGCCUUCAUCCACCCUGUAGUCCUGAUGUAUCUGGUUUCACUUUCUUGUGGCUGAGAUGCAGAAGAAGGAAAAAAAAAACCCUCUACAUUUAAUGUCUUCGCCAGAAUGAGUGGUUUGGCUAUUUAAACAAACACUGUCAAGCAUUAUUCAGCACUCUAUUUGAAAGUCUCAACAGUUUCAGUGCUGUAAUCUUUUUAUUAAUCUAAACUGGAUGACAAAUUUUCAUCUAAAAGUGAAGUUUUCAAUUUAGUUUUUAAUAAUGGUUUAAUGUCUUUAUGAAUUACUGCUUUAACCUAAACAGUAGCCACAGUUGUAAUAUAUAAAAUGCAUAUACCAUAAUCAAAAGUUUGAAACUUCAUAUUUCUUAAAUUGUAGGUCAAACAUUAAUCACAUUUAACAAACAUUUUUACAUUUAAACCUGGAUCUUAAAAACAAGUGAAUUGAAAACUUUGAAUCACUGUCUUGUCAAAGGUUCAUGAUUCACAUUUUGAGAUGGAUUCUUUUCUUAAUGCAAUGCCUGACUUUUGAUAAUUUUUUUUUUAAUUAGUACUUGAUCACAUAUAGCAACUCAAUGUGCAGACUAUCCUUUAAAAGGACAUACUGUCUGUCUAUGUAGCAGUGGCUCCAAAGUGUUUUUGGGCAGUUUGAUACCUUUUAUAUCUGAAGUAGCCUUAACCAGAAAAGUAAAAAUUUACAAUUUGAGAAUAUGCUAUUUUUACAAUUUCAAACUGAUUAAUAAUUUUUAACUGUUAAAAUUGGCCUAAAAUAAAUGAAUAUAAAUCUCUAAGCAAAUCAAAAUCAAAUAUUUGUGUUAUAGCAACAAAGUAAUAAUUGCUUUAUUAAAAACUGCCUGUCUUCAUCAGCAAUUUCUUUUUAAAAGAUUGUAAAUUUUCCAUCAGAGCUCUGUUCAAAACUUUUGGUUUUCGAACCAGUUGGAUACUUCCUGAAUAAAAUCAUCUCUAACUCCCUACAGAAUUUUAUUAAAUAAUCUAUUCAUAAAGAUAAGUUAAAAGCAUUCUCUGAUGUGGGAAUCUAAUUACAUGAAAUUAAUAUGGUAUUAAUAGCCUAUAGGAAAUGUAUGUAUGUAUGUGUUUCCCAGUAUAUUUUGUUUUUAUAAAACUUAUAAUUCACAAGUGAAUCCAGUCUCUUGCAUUUGAUUGGUAUAACAUCCUUUCCCAGGGAGUUCAUAUUUCAACAACCUCAGAAAUCUGCACUUGACAUUGGGGAACUCUAAUUUUUAACACCUUGAGGUUAAGUGCUUCUUAUUCUAUGUGAACCUUAUGGAACACAUGAUUUGUCUCCGUUUUUCCUUUUCAUGUGUGCAAGGCUUCCCCACGUUGCAUUCUUUGGCCAUGAUGAUUGCUGAUUGUAGUUGGGAACCUGCCUGCAGGAUGAGUCUGAAAUACACCAAUCUUCAUCAGUCCUGCUUGAAACAGAUUGAGUCAAUAAGAAAGCCUUCCCCUCACACUUUUGGUAUGUGUCUCUGUACUUGGUGUACUCAUGGAGGACUGAAUUUACAAAUUAAUGCCCAGAAAGCACUUAGACUUAUUAACCCUGAAAUAGCUGGAUUUGAUGGUAGCAUGAGAACUAAAGCCAGGAAGAUGUGGUUUUGUGAGACCAUCUAAUCCCAUUCUUUAUUAGGUUUAUACAAAGUACCUAAAUCCCUUAACCUGUGUGGUUUUCAGGGCUGCUAUGGUGCUGCCUUUCUUUCCCUUUACCUACUUAAUUUUUUCAAGACGUCAACACACAUUUUAGUAGAUCAUGUUUGGGUUAGGGUUUGCUGGGGGCAGGAAUAUAAUGCUGCUAAUGUGAGAUCUUUGCAUUAAAUGCAAAGAUCUUGAUGUAAAGAGAUAUAAUUGAUAAAGAAAUUAUUGCCUUAAUGCUUUUUUGGCAGAGUCGUAAAUACACUAGAAUUUCUACCUGCAAAAGGUUUGGGUGUAAUUUACAGUGUGUGCCUAAGUUGAAUCUUUGGUGACACUCGAGAGAAACUUUGGGUUAAGUUUGGUAAUCAGGGCAUGGCAUCUGUCAUUGAGAAUUUAUUGUGCCUAGCGCUGUAUUUGACAGGAAGAGGAAAAAGAAAUCUUGAACCAAUGUCUGAUUAAAGUCUUAAGAGAAUAAAGUUUCUCCUUUAAAAAUUCACCAGACCAUACAUACUCAUCGAUAGAGAUAUGUUUGAAGCACAUUUAACCUUCUGUUGGGUAAAUUGUACCAAGCAAAAAAGUGCUUUGGCUGUGUCCUUAAGUGAAUGCCCUCCCCCAAUUGUGGGUGUCUGUGGGGAGUUUCCUAUCAUAAUGCUGAUCAUAUCCUACAUUUUGCUCCAUCUCUAUUUCACUCCAAAUUUUUCUUUAUUAUAUUUACUUGUAGUUAUCACUGCUUAACUGUUGCUUGAUUAGAGAACCUACUGUUGACCUAUCUCAAGCCACUGUCCUAUAUUAAAGUAGAACAAAGUGCUUGUUUUCUACUGUGCCUUAGGCAAUAGAAAUCAAAUAAUGGGGGGGGGAUAUCAGUAUUUGAAAGUAUGGAUUUUUUUCAUUAUGAGAGUUGUGGAAAUAUGACUUCAUUAAGGAAAUUCCUCCCACUUUUUCUUUCCCACUCAAUUUUCAUUUUCAAAUACAUUAGUUUUAAUUGGGAUCUAGUUCAUGGGAAAAGCAGAGAGGAGUAGCAAGUGCAGGGUUAGAAUUUGAGACUCCCAAAAGGGACAUGGCAUCCUCGGCUUUAGAGAUAUUUGGGUCUUGGCUUUGCUACAUAUACAGAUGUCUUUUGUUCUCCCACCAUUGCAAACAGAUGUCAAGUUAAUUGGUUCUUCCAUGUUGUAUUAAAUUGUCAUCCUAAAAAAAUACAACUAUACAUAUAUAUGUGUAUGUGUGUGUACCUAUAUGUAUACAUAUAUAUAUAUAUAUAU